GGAUGUUGGGAACGUACUAUGCGUUCAGCCGAAGAACAAGAACAACUGGCUCUGUCGUUGUCGGCAGCAAGGAGAGCACUAAAUGAACAUCGCAAAUGGAUAGAGAAGCGCGAAAUAACCGCCUUUGCAGCGUCCGACGAGCAAAACCGCGAAAUCGAAGAGCACUCAGCUACUAGCGCCGCUAACGUAGCUGUUUCUGAAAGACGAGAUCCAGACGAACAACAGCACGACACCGACUCGCUCUUUCAGAGGAGACGAAACCGUAGCAUCCAUCGACGUUCGGGAUUGGUUGUUCUUCCACCGCAAGGCCACGCCCACAGCAAGUGGAAAACUCUUCAUCGAACCUACAGCUCCAAGGUAGCACCGCAUUCUGCUAAACAGGUGCCAAAACAACUCGAUGUGUCGUACGUCGAGUCUAAUGAUGUGUUGAUCGAUCAAGAGAGAGACGUCAAGGUAGCAGAUGGAGAUGGAACCCACAAGAGUGCUGGAGGGGUUGCAACGAGUUUUGCCAGUGGGAGGAGAGUGUUUGCGUGGCAGACCCGAACUGAUGAGGUUGUCACUGAUUUGGUUGAUGUAAACAAGACAGAAGGGCUUGCAAAACAUCGACAGAUUCUAGUUCGAGCCAAAGACACUCCAGACAUUGAGCAUGAGCACAAACAUCAAGCGAAGUUGACGGAUAGUCACGUGACAGUUGAAAAGGAUAGUUUGUCAGAAGCUCAAUUGGUUGUUAACAGAACAGACAAGAGUUGUGUUCAAUCACAACAAUCUGAUGUUACAGCAGUACGACAUACAGAAGCAGGAUGUUACAGCCUUGUUGAUGGUCAUGCUGCUUUUGAUGUUCCAGCACAGACUGGAGAGAUAGACUCUGAUGUGUCACCUAAUCUUGGACCUGAGGUUCGAAGUAUGGAACAAAGUUUAGAAAUAUCAGCUGAGUAUGGAUUAAGUAGACUCGAACCAACUGACUCCAUCGGUCUAGUCUUUGUUCGUCCUGCUGAAAAACGAUCUAAACCACUUCCAAGUGCAUUGACAUUACAGACAAGUAGUAGGAGUGACAUUUCAACUGCGACUGCUUUGUCUCCACAACUUCCACACUUGAAUAUGUCUUUUGUGAACACAACGAGUAACAGUAGUAGUGGCAAGCAAGAUGUAGGAACUGACAGAAACAACACAGUUGUUGAGACAGAUAAUAUCCAUACUGUGAUAGUUAAGCCUUUGUGUGAAUCUUCUGUUGACCAGCUGUGUACUGAUGAGAAAUCGAGUGUAGUUGAUCAUAUCAAUGUACAACAAUGCUGUAAGGCAGAACUUGAAGAGGCAACUGUUCAUAUCCAUUCUGAAAGCUCAACAGACAGUACAGUUUCUAGUUCUGUGAAUAAUUCUGCUCCGCAAUCACUGCAAAACAAACUUGUAGAUGAAACAAGUUUAACAAUUGAUGUUUGCGAGGAAAAACCACUCAGUAGACCCGUUGUUGAGAAUGGAGAGUUGAGAGAGGACAGGAAACUUGAUAUUUCUAAGCUUGAUGGCUCUAAACAGAUGGAUGGUGAGAUUGGUGGUAAAUGGGAGUCGGACUGGCGUAGACGUCUCGAAGAGUUGAAUGUCUUUUCUCAUGCUACUCAAGAGAAAGUGUCUUCACAGGCAACAUUGAGUAAAAGUUCUGAUGAACUGAUAUCUACGAAGCUUGGACAAUCUGAAUUAUUGACAUUUGACUUGUCCACCUUAGAUGAAUUUUUUUUACCAAAAAGUAGUAAACCAGACCGGGCACCUCCUCCUUAUGAUCGUCAUUGUCACUCUAAGCUGGCAUGUCAUGGCUUUCCUUGUCCUCCGUAUGGUAUCCGCAGUUCACGUAGCAGUGAGACGUCCGGUGUUAGAUCUCCAAAUGCAUUUGGAGGAUCAGAAUUGAUGAGUCUGAGUGCUACUUCUUCACUGUCAGAUGCAAGUUCGAUAGUAGACUCCAGUAGUGUACAAUAUGAUGAUUCUGUGACCCUUCUUCAUAAGGCUGCCAGAUCAGGAAAUGUGCAAAAACUAUCACAACUCAUAGAGAGUGGAAGUGACAUAAAUGCUCAAGACAGAGAUGGAAGAACGCCACUAAUGUACUGUUUUUGGGACAAAGGAACACACCUUAAUUGUGCAGAUUUUCUUAUCAGAUCAGGAUGCAAUAAGGAUUUGCAGGCAACCGAUGAGUCUACUGCAUUGCAUGGAGCUGCUUAUGUUGGUGCUGUAGCUUUGGUAGAAUUGUUGUUGAACGAUGGAGCUAAUCCAAUGGUGAAAGACAGUGAUGGCAGACUGCCAAUCCAUUGGUCUGUUUUUGACAAGUCACCGAAGUGUCUAAUGCAGCUGCUUUCAGUUCCUGGAUGUGAUGUAAAUGCAGCAGAUAAUUCUGGGAUGACACCUUUGAUGUGGGCAGCUUAUCAUGAUAGUCCCAAGAAUAUCUAUGAGUUGUUGUUGAGAGGUGCUGAUGCAGAUGAGAAAGAUAUUGAAGGGAAAACAGCCAUGCACUGGGCAGUUCAUAAGAAGGACGCAAAAAGUUUGAAACUUGUUCUAAAGCACAAUGGAACAUUUUACAAAGAUAUGAAGGGUCGCACUGUACUUCAUAUAGCUGCUGAUAUGGGGUCCAUGCCAUGCUGUCAGCUCAUUUUGUCAACUAGACGAGAUAGUGUCAAUGACGCUGACAAAAACGGUCGAACUCCACUUCACUGGGCUGCUGUACGAAGUCGAGUCGAUGUCUGUGCUCUUCUACUGGAUCGUGGUGCCGAUGCUUCUGAACGAGAUUACGAAGGCUUGACUGCCCUAGAUUAUGCUCGAAGAAAGAACCUUACAUAUGUUGAAGCACUUCUUACAUGUCAUGAUGCAGCCUUAGCAGACUAUAUCAAGAGUGGCAGCGAGGUCAGUUUAGAGUCAUCUUUAUUUCAUUUGAACUCGAGCACAAGUGUUGCAGAACUCAGUCCUUCUUCUAACACUGUGGGUUCCUCUCUUAAUUCUGUUGCACCCCUGCAAACGAAUUCUGUACCCGGAUGGAGAUCAGACCAAACUAAUGAAGAAUCAAAGAUCCUAACAAGAGGUUGCUGGCUAACUAAAUACUCAGAGGACAUCAACGUAGAGCCCGCAAGUAAUUGGUUCUUCUGGUUGGAUCUUGAGAAGGGAGAUGUGUGCUGGGCAAAGAGACCUAGUGAUCGCCACAGACAAGAUUCCCAUCAUCGAGCUCAUUUGCAAGAGGUUCAUAAAGAGCUGAGUCCUGAUGUAAAGAGUCUAUUGGAUUCUGAUGCUGUUAGAGAGCAUAAAUAUGCCUUCUGGCUUGUUGCUGGAGACCGUCGACUGGACUUGGUUGCACAUUCAAAAUCACACUAUGAUUGUUGGACCUGUGGAAGUGAAAAGUUUUUGCUGUUUGGGCCUGUUGGAGUAGACGAGUCUACAGCCUUCAUACCGUUAUUACAGACAGAAAGCAGUAAAGCGUGGACUGAUCAUUCAAUAGUUCGUAGCCCAGUGCGUGCAAUGGAUAUGGUUGCAAAAACGUUAAAGAAAUAGAACAAUUAAGAGAACAGGUAGCAGUCAGUUGAGAGUGCAACAUAAACAUUGCUAACGGAUCAA